AUGGAGGUGCGUUUUGAGUCGACUCACAAGUCACGUGAGGCAGAGCGACAAGGGCACCGAGAUGGAGAGGUGCGUGGGGCUCACUACGACACAGAGAUGGAGGUGCGUUUUGUGUCGACUCACAAGUCACGUGAGGCAGAGCGACAAGGGCACCGAGAUGGAGAGGUGCGUGGGGCUCACUACGACACAGAGAUGGAGGUGCGCUUUGAGUCGACUCACAAGUCACGUGAGGCAGAGCGACAAGGGCAUCGAGAUGGAGAGGUGCGUGGGCCUCACUACGACACAGAGAUGGAGGUGCGCUUUGAGUCGACUCACAAGUCACGUGAGGCAGAGCGACAAGGGCACCGAGAUGGAGAGGUGCGUGGGGCUCACUACGACACAGAGAUGGAGGUGCGCUUUGAGUCGACUCACAAGUCACGUGAGGCUGAGCGACAAGGGCACCGAGAUGGAGAGGUGCGUGGGGCUCAAUACAGCACAGAGAUGGAGGUGCGCUUUGAGUCGACUCACAAGUCACGUGAGGCAGAGCGACAAGGGCACCGAGAUGGAGAGGUGCGUGGGGCUCAAUACAGCACAGAGAUGGAGGUGCGCUUUGAGUCGACUCACAAGUCACGUGAGGCAGAGCGACAAGGGCACCGAGAUGGAGAGGUGCGUGGGGCUCAAUACAGCACAGAGAUGGAGGUGCGCUUUGAGUCGACUCACAAGUCACAUGGAGAGGUGCGUGGGGCUCACUACGACACAAAGAUGGAGGUGCGUUUUGAGUCGACUCACAAGUCACGUGAGGCAGAGCGACAAGGGCACCGAGAUGGAGAGGUGCGUGGGGCUCACUACGACACAGAGAUGGAGGUGCGUUUUGUGUCGACUCACAAGUCACGUGAGGCAGAGCGACAAGGGCACCGAGAUGGAGAGGUGCGUGGGGCUCACUACGACACAGAGAUGGAGGUGCGCUUUGAGUCGACUCACAAGUCACGUGAGGCAGAGCGACAAGGGCACCGAGAUGGAGAGGUGCGUGGGCCUCACUACGACACAGAGAUGGAGGUGCGCUUUGAGUCGACUCACAAGUCACGUGAGGCAGAGCGACAAGGGCACCGAGAUGGAGAGGUGCGUGGGGCUCACUACGACACAGAGAUGGAGGUGCGCUUUGAGUCGACUCACAAGUCACGUGAGGCAGAGCGACAAGGGCACCGAGAUGGAGAGGUGCGUGGGGCUCAAUACAGCACAGAGAUGGAGGUGCGCUUUGAGUCGACUCACAAGUCACGUGAGGCAGAGCGACAAGGGCACCGAGAUGGAGAGGUGCGUGGGGCUCAAUACAGCACAGAGAUGGAGGUGCGCUUUGAGUCGACUCACAAGUCACGUGAGGCAGAGCGACAAGGGCACCGAGAUGGAGAGGUGCGUGGGGCUCAAUACAGCACAGAGAUGGAGGUGCGCUUUGAGUCGACUCACAAGUCACGUGAGGCAGAGCGACAAGGGCACCGAGAUGGAGAGGUGCGUGGGGCUCAAUACAGCACAGAGAUGGAGGUGCGCUUUGAGUCGACUCACAAGUCACGUGAGGCAGAGCGACAAGGGCACCGAGAUGGAGAGGUGCGUGGGGCUCAAUACAGCACAGAGAUGGAGGUGCACUUUGAGUCGACUCACAAGUCACGUGAGGCAGAGCGACAAGGGCACCGAGAUGGAGAGGUGCGUGGGGCUCAAUACAGCACAGAGAUGGAGGUGCGCUUUGAGUCGACUCACAAGUCACGUGAGGCAGAGCGACAAGGGCACCGAGAUGGAGAGGUGCCUGGGGCUCACUACGACACAGAGAUGGAGGUGCGCUUUGAGUCGACUCACAAGUCACGUGAGGCAGAGCGACAAGGGCACCGAGAUGGAGAGGUGCGUGGGGCUCAAUACAGCACAGAGAUGGAGGUGCGCUUUGAGUCGACUCACAAGUCACGUGAGGCAGAGCGACAAGGGCACCGAGAUGGAGAGGUGCGUGGGGCUCAAUACAGCACAGAGAUGGAGGUGCGCUUUGAGUCGACUCACAAGUCACGUGAGGCAGAGCGACAAGGGCACCGAGAUGGAGAGGUGCGUGGGGCUCACUACGACACAGAGAUGGAGGUGCGCUUUGAGUCGACUCACAAGUCACGUGAGGCAGAGCGACAAGGGCACCGAGAUGGAGAGGUGCGUGGGGCUCAAUACAGCACAGAGAUGGAGGUGCGCUUUGAGUCGACUCACAAGUCACGUGAGGCAGAGCGACAAGGGCACCGAGAUGGAGAGGUGCGUGGGGCUCAAUACAGCACAGAGAUGGAGGUGCGCUUUGAGUCGACUCACAAGUCACGUGAGGCAGAGCGACAAGGGCACCGAGAUGGAGAGGUGCGUGGGGCUCAAUACAGCACAGAAAUGGAGGUGCGCUUUGAGUCGACUCACAAGUCACGUGAGGCAGAGCGACAAGGGCACCGAGAUGGAGAGGUGCGUGGGGCUCAAUACAGCACAGAGAUGGAGGUGCGCUUUGAGUCGACUCACAAGUCACGUGAGGCAGAGCGACAAGGGCACCGAGAUGGAGAGGUGCGUGGGGCUCAAUACAGCACAGAGAUGGAGGUGCGCUUUGAGUCGACUCACAAGUCACGUGAGGCAGAGCGACAAGGGCACCGAGAUGGAGAGGUGCGUGGGGCUCAAUACAGCACAGUGAUGGAGGUGCGCUUUGAGUCGACUCACAAGUCGCGUGAGGCAGAGCGACAAGGGCACCGAGAUGGAGAGGUGCGUGGGGCUCACUACGACACAGUGAUGGAGGUGCGCUUUGAGUCGACUCACAAGUCGCGUGAGGCAGAGCGACAAGGGCACCGAGAUGGAGAGGUGCGUGGGGCUCACUACAGCACAGUGAUGGAGGUGCGCUUUGAGUCGACUCACAAGUCGCGUGAGGCAGAGCGACAAGGGCACCGAGAUGGAGAGGUGCGUGGGGCUCACUACAGCACAGAGAUGGAGGUGCGCUUUGAGUCGACUCACAAGUCCCGUGAGGCAGAGCGACAAGGGCACCGAGAUGGAGAGGUGCGUGGGGCUCACUACGACACAGAGAUGGAGGUGCGCUUUGAGUCGACUCACAAGUCGCGUGAGGCAGAGCGACAAGGGCACCGAGAUGGAGAGGUGCGUGGGGCUCACUACGACACAGAGAUGGAGGUGCGCUUUGAUUCGACUCACAAGUCGCGUGAGGCAGAGCGACGAGGGCACCGAGAUGGAGAGGUGCGUGGGGCUCACUACGACACAGUGAUGGAGGUGCGCUUUGAGUCGACUCACAAGUCGCGUGAGGCAGAGCGACGAGGGCACCGAGAUGGAGAGGUGCGUGGGGCUCACUACGACACAGUGAUGGAGGUGCGUUUUGAGUCGACUCACAAGUCGCGUGAGGCAGAGCGACCAGGGCACCCAGAUGGAGAGGUGCGUGGGGCUCACUACGACACAGUGAUGGAGGUGCGUUUUGAGUCGACUCACAAGUCGCGUGAGGCAGAGCGACAAGGGCACCCAGAUGGAGAGGUGCGUGGGGCUCACUACGACACAGUGAUGGAGGUGCGUUUUGAGUCGACUCACAAGUCGCGUGAGGCAGAGCGACAAGGGCACCCAGAUGGAGAGGUGCGUGGGGCUCACUACGACACAGUGAUGGAGGUGCGUUUUGAGUCGACUCACAAGUCGCGUGAGGCAGAGCGACAAGGGCACUCAGAUGGAGAGGUGCGUGGGGCUCACUACGACACAGUGAUGGAGGUGCGUUUUGAGUCGACUCACAAGUCGCGUGAGGCAGAGCGACAAGGGCACUCAGAUGGAGAGGUGCGUGGGGCUCACUACGACACAGUGAUGGAGGUGCGUUUUGAGUCGACUCACAAGUCGCGUGAGGCAGAGCGACAAGGGCACCGAGAUGGAGAGGUGCGUGGGGCUCACUACGACACAGUGAUGGAGGUGCGUUUUGAGUCGACUCACAAGUCGCGUGAGGCAGAGCGACAAGGGCACCGAGAUGGAGAGGUGCGUGGGGCUCACUACGACACAGUGAUGGAGGUGCGUUUUGAGUCGACUCACAAGUCGCAUGAGGCAGAGCGACAAGGGCACUCAGAUGGAGAGGUGCGUGGGGCUCACUACGACACAGUGAUGGAGGUGCGUUCUGAGUCGACUCACAAGUCGCGUGAGGCAGCGACAAGGGCACCGAGAUGGAGAGGUGCGUGGGGCUCAAUACGACACAGAGAUGGAGGUGCGUUCUGA